AUGGGGGCUUUCCCAGAACAGCAGAAAUUUUUCAGCUGUCAUACAAUGUCUGCUCCGAGUGGCGUCCCUGUCCCAUCUGCACCACCUUCUUACGAGGAAACAACAGGAAUCAAUGUGAGCUAUCCUCACCCCUAUCCUGUCCCAGAAUCUGCCCAGAAACCAGAUGGGAAGGGAAUGAACCCUCCUCCGUACGUGGGACAACCUGCACCAGCAAAUAACCCCGUUACAGUUCAGACAGUGUAUGUGCAGCAACCAGUAGUGUUUUAUGACCGCCCAGUUCAGAUGUGCUGCCCUUCCUGUAACCAGAUGAUAGUGACACGUCUCUCAUACGAGUCAGGAGCUUUGACUUGGCUGUCGUGUGGUGGCCUCUGCCUGCUGGGGUGUAUAGCUGGCUGCUGCUUACUUCCCUUCUGCAUUGAUGCCCUAAAGGAUGUGGAUCACAUCUGUCCGAACUGCAGUGCUCUUGUUGGUUCUUACAAACGUUUAUAG